AUGUCACAAAUUACCGGCGCAACCAAAUUCACGGUUUCGCGCAACAUUUGUGCAACACAACGGCGACCGUCGUACUUGUUACGGGCACAAAACUUCGUUGCGUUGGAGAACAGAUGGACCGGGACUUAUUCCAAGUACGGUCCGAAGUUUGUGUCCAAGGUGAACCAGGAAGAAUUCCUCAGUGGCACGUCUGUCACGUACAUCGAAGGGAUGUACGACGCGUGGCUGGCGGAUCCGAAGAGCGUGAGCGCGUCGUGGGACGUUUUCUUCAAGAACUGCGCGACGGGUGCGGCCCCGGGUGUGGCGUAUCAAGCGCCCCCUACGCUGUACCAACCAGGAAAGGGCGAGCUGGUGUACGUGUGGCAAAACGCCUCGGCAGCAACGGGUCAGAGUAAAACCGCAAGGACGGAAGGCCAGUCGGAAGGAGAUCUCGUGAACAAUUACUUCACAGUCCUAUCGAUGAUCAAGGCGUAUCAGACACGUGGUCAUUUCGCCGCGCGAAUCGAUCCGCUGCGUUUGAGCAAAAUAGAUAUGGACAACUAUUACCUGAACGAGGUGCUGUACCAGGAUGCCUCACCGUUUGUCAAAUUCGACCUGGACCGGGUGUACAAGUUGCCACCGAGCACUUCGAUCGGCGGCAAGGAAGAUGCGUUACCGCUGAAAGAGAUUAUUGCACGCCUGGACAAUACCUACUGCCAUUCAAUCGGUGUCGAAUACAUGCACGUCGAUUCAGUCGAACUGUGUAAUUGGAUAAGAGAAAGGGUUGAAGUGUCCGGAACAAUGGUUCUGGAAAAAAAAGAAAAAGUGCGGCUGCUCAACCGUAUCAUGAUGGCGACCGGAUUCGAAUCUUUCUUGGCUCGUAAAUGGUCGAGCGAAAAACGUUUUGGCUUGGAGGGCUGCGAGGCACUAAUACCAGCCUUAAAGGAAAUAAUCGACAAUUCCUCGGGUUUCGGUGUCAACACGGUAUUCAUGGGAAUGGCUCAUCGCGGCAGGUUGAACGUGUUAGCGAACGUCUGCCAAAAACCUCUGAGUACGAUAUUCACGCAGUUCCACGGAUUGGAAGCUAAAGACGAAGGUUCUGGGGACGUGAAAUAUCAUUUGGGCACCAGCGUGGAAAACGUGAACGAAAUCACUGAGAAAAAAGUGAAAAUAGCUCUGGUGGCGAACCCUUCCCAUUUAGAAGCCGUGAACGCAGUCGUUCAAGGUAAAACGCGAGCCGAGCAAUUCUUCAGGAACGACGUAGAAGGGAACGAAGUAAUGUCCAUAUUGAUCCACGGCGAUUCUUCGUUCUGCGGACAAGGAGUGGUGUACGAAACAUUCCACUUGACCGAUUUAUUCGACUAUACCACGCACGGCACCAUUCACGUGGUUGCCAACAAUCAAAUCGGGUUCACCACCGAUCCGCGUAGUUCGAGAUCAUCGCAUUACUGCACGGACGUCGCGCGAGUCGUGAACGCUCCGGUGUUCCACGUGAAUGCAGACGAUCCGGAAGCCGUAAUGCAUGUAUGUAAAAUUGCUGCCGAAUGGAGGAAUACGUUUAAAAGGGACGUUGUCAUCGACAUUGUCAGUUACCGGAGGAACGGGCACAACGAAGUGGACGAGCCCAUGUUCACGCAGCCGCAUAUGUACAGCGUUAUAAAAGACACGUUACCCGUGUACAAUAAAUAUGCGGAAACGCUUGUCAAGGAGAAGGUGGUCACCAAAGACGAAGUGGACAAAGCUUGGGAUGAUUAUCAGCGGUUCUGUGAAGACGCGUUUACCGUUUCGAUGAAAGAGACGCACGUGAACAACAGCGAUUGGUUGGAUUCGCCGUGGCCAGGUUUCUUCAAGGACAAAAACGUCGACAACUGUCCCAAGACCGGGGUGGAUGAACUCACGUUGAAGCACAUAGGCAACUUGUUUUCAUCACUGCAGCCAAAGUACAACGACUUCGUCGUGCACAAGGGCUUGGAGAGGAUUUUCAAAAACCGUCAGCAAUUGAUCAGCGAACGAACGGCCGACUGGGCGUUAGCGGAAGCCAUGUCGUUCGGGUCCUUGUUGAAGGACGGUAUUCACGUGCGCCUGAGUGGUCAGGACGUGGAGAGAGGUACGUUUUCGCAUCGCCAUCACGUGCUCCACCAUCAGAAGAUCGAGAAAACAACGUACCGACCGUUGUGCGACCUGUACCCGGACCAGGCUAAGUACACGGUGUGCAACAGUUCGCUGUCCGAGUUCGCGGUGUUGGGAUUCGAACUGGGCUUCUCCAUGGCCAACCCGAACGCGCUGGUGUGCUGGGAAGCGCAGUUUGGAGACUUCAACAACACUGCCCAAUGCAUCAUCGACCAGUUCAUCAGCUCUGGCCAGACGAAAUGGGUGCGGCAGUCGGGACUCGUGAUGCUACUGCCACAUGCGUACGAAGGGAUGGGACCGGAACACUCGUCGGCGAGGCUCGAGCGCUUUUUACAAAUGAGUUCGGACGACCCGGACGUGUUGCCAACCGAUGGCGGGAACAUCGCCAUCCGCCAGCUGAACGCCGCCAACUGGAUAGUGGCCAACUGCUCCACGCCCGCCAACUAUUUCCACGUGCUCCGUCGCCAACUGGCGUUGCCUUUCCGCAAGCCGUUGAUCCUGAUGACGCCCAAAUCGUUGUUGCGUCACCCGGAGGCCAAAUCAUCUUUCGAUGAGAUGACCGAAAACACGGAAUUCGUGCGGGUCAUCCCCGAAAACGGACCGGCAUCAAAGAACGUUUGCGGUGUGAGCCGCUUAAUAUUUUGUUCAGGCAAAGUUUAUUACGACUUGAUCAAAUCGAGGCAGGAUCGAAACCUUCAGGACGUGGUGGCCAUCAGUCGUGUGGAACAAUUAUCGCCGUUUCCGUUCGACCUGGUGAAAGAGGAGUGUACCAAAUAUGAGAAUGCCGACAUUGUAUGGGUCCAAGAAGAGCCGAAGAACCAAGGAGCGUGGUCGUACGUUAAGCCCAGAUUCCUAACAUCGUUGGCGAACACGAAAACGAUUCAUUACGCUGGAAGGCCGGUCGCUGCUUCACCGGCUACGGGCAACAAAAUACAACACACCAAGGAAAUCAAAAAUUUCCUCGACGAAUCGUUCGCAGUCGAAAACCAUCACAAAUGA